ACGGACACAGAAAGCGUUUGUCUGACAUACAGCUCUGUGUCCUUUUGGUUGAGUGUGAAUUCAGUAUGCUGUAUGUAAUUCCUUUACUUCUUAUACCCAGAUUCACUACAUCAUUUACAGAUGCCGUUAUCAUAGCCAUGCAAGGUCAUCCUGUCUACAUCCCCUGCCCCUCAUCCUUUGCAUUUAAUGACAACGUGAAAUUUCAAUGGAGAACAAAUGGGACCUUAUUCUGCGUUUAUGACGUGCAAGACAACAUCACUACAAAAGGAUUUUGUCCAUCACGGUUUGACAUACUAAGACAUCCUGGAAAGUUUUAUAUUACAGACCCUAAGAUUUCAGAUUCUGGUCAAUACAACUGCUCAAUAACAAGAGUCAUACCACCACCAUUCUCUGAUGAAUUUCACAUUGUGGAUCUUCAAGUUGAAGAUCUGGUCCUGACAAUGCACAACCAAAAUGUGUCUUGUAUACUGCUUCUUUGCACUCUGGAGGGCCUCCACACCCAAGAUGUCAACUUCACCUGGUUCAGACAGGGUCAGGGGUCACUGGAACCUUUGUCAGUCAAUCACAGUUCUACACUUAGCAGCUCCGUUCUCCUGUGCCAAGCAGAGUGGAGAGAGGGAGACCGCUUCAUCUGCAAAGUCAACAUCUCCAUUAACAGUGGACUGAGUAAGAGUAUCACCCUCCCCCGCAGUGAUAUAGAAGGAACCCAAAAGAACAACACAAUCAUUAUCACUGUGAGCAUCUUGGGUGGGCUUGUGGCCAUCGCAGCCAUUUGCAUCUGUGUUUACAAACGUAAUCAGAAAUGCACCAAGGGUGAUUCCAUCUCAUACAACAACCAGGUGUACGAGAAUUUCAGUUUCAGCACGUUUACCCACUUCAGACAGUCCACCAAACCGGAAAAUGUGGAUCAAAGUAUUUAUGAGAACUAGAGAAUGUGACUCUACCUCCUUACUAAUUUUGUUAUUGUGGUCAAGUCACGGGUCAGGUGAGGUUGUUGUGUUUUUCAUCUGGUUCUUGAGUCAUGCCAUGUUUUUGGUUGUGGUAACAAUAUGAAUAAAAACAAAGUAUGUAAGGUCAUACCACAAUGUAAUCUGAUACUAUCACCAACAUUAAUAUGAUGAGGUAACCUCACUUUUCCAUGUGUGACUGUUCAAGAUAACCUCUGUUGUUUGUAAUCAUUUGUAUGCCAUCAUAAAUAGAUAUAAUAAUCUAACGCUGUCUUGUGAGUAUUUACAUUUCAAAAUGACAGGUCUCUGUUCAGUUUUCAAGUGACCCAGCAUCCUCUCAGAUGCAUGCUUCAUUGAAGGAAAUUGUUGCUACAAAGUCAAAGACACCAAACCUGAAGUGGGAAAGUUAGAUCGGUGCCAUUUUCCAACACAGACAAACCUGAUCUGGAGAGCCUCCUUCCUGUGGCACCGUAAUGUCCUCUGACACAAGCAUGGGGGCCCAUGGCAUUCAUUUUAAGAGUCUUAUUAUUGUUUAUGAUGAUAGUGUUUGACAUAACUUGCCUGUGCUUUUCUGAUAGUUCUAAAUAGUUUUGACAUAGAGAUAGGUGGGAUUCAAAUAUAAAUCUUAAAUCACAAAUGAUUGAUUAUUUAUCAUGAAGGAUUUACUUCUAGAAAUGUGGAACUGCUAUAAUAAGCGUACCAUGGAGAAAGACAAGAGACCCACCCUCCACUCACUUUCAUGUAUCAUUGAAGGAAACUGCAACCACAAAGACAGACACACAAGACCUGAAGUGUAAAGGAAAAGUAAAUUGGUGUCAUUUUCUGCACCCUGAAGGCACCAAAAAGGAAGUAUCUCUUGUCUGCUCUGUGCAGUUUGUCAUGGUGGAGAUGCAAGUGCCUGCUAUGGUUUACAGGCUGGCUUUACAAUGUCACAGGAGGCCAACAUUGUAAUAUUACCCCCAGCAACUCAAGCUACAGUCCACUGCCUCUCCCACAUGCCCAAUGACACAGAUAUUGCUCUUGCCAUUUUAAAAAGGAACAAAACUCAGCUUUUAUCGAUAUGACAAAAAAGCAUGGCAAAACUGUAAGAGUGACACAAUCAUGAAUCAUGAAAUGGAAUAAUGAGACAGGAGAGAUCUUGUUUGUACUGUUGGAGCUGCAGAUAUCCCAUUCUGGACCUUACACUUGCGAAGUUCACCCGUGAUAUCCAUCUCAGAAAACAAAAUAAGUCAACUGGUGAUAGCACCUCCUGUGGUCUCGUUAUCCGUAGCAGGAGACACUAGUGGACACUCCAGUUUGCUCUGCUCCUCUCAGGGCUUUUACCCAGAGGCAAUAGAGCAGGUGUGGCUGUGGGAGAAUCAGCCCCUGAAUAUCACACUUUCAGACAGGAAGACAGAGGUCAACCCAGACGGGUCCUUCACCCUCCACUCCUAACUGCCUCUUUCUGCAGAACCCUAUCAGCCUGAGCGUUACUCCUGCUGGGUCAACCACUCUGCUCUUCACCAGCCUGUCACUGUCCAUUACUAUGUCAAUAACAGUUCCUUUCUUAACGGUAGGAGUUAUGGGGUAUGUCAACAAUUCAUGUGAAGGGUUAGGGUUAGAGGAAGCCUUUAGUGUGAAGGUGAUAUGCCUCACCUGUGUUGCUUGUGGCCGUGAUUAAAACACAUUCAUUUGAUAUUAAAUGAUAUCAACUGCUGCAGAGGAUUUAUCAUUAAAUGCCAUCACCAACCUAACUAUGAUAGAGGAGGAAUUUCCUCAAGGGGGUCAAAACAAAAACUGUAGGUCUACAGAGGGAGGUAGGAUACAAUUAAGUUCAAUACUGUGGAGCCAUAGUGUCUGUAUGCAUGUCAUGCAAUACCUUGUAUUAAGUUGUGCCAGUCACGUUCCUUUCGUGGUCAAAGAGUUAUUCUAAUUUCAGAAAAGUGUGAAUAAGAUAUUGACAUUUUGAUGUAGUUUGAUGUAGUGUAGAUGGAGCUUUCUAUCAUAAAAAUAUAAUAUGAUUAGGUAACCUUCUAUCAUAUCACUUCCAUAGCUUGUGCGACAAUUGUUUCGUAAUGAAUUUGGAUGAGUGUCUAACAAAUUAAACUAAUAUCCAUCAUUCAUUUUGUAAUAUUUGUACAGUGUAAUC